AGUAAAUGUGUAGUAACCGCAGUCGCACGUUGCAUGUGCCGGGCGGCGCGGGCGCAUGCUUAAUUAAUUAUUAAUUUAUUAAAACCUAAUUAAUUUUAUUUCAACUUAAAUUAAUUCAAUAUCAAAUAUUUAUUUAACAAAGGUAUAAGUAAAUUAUAUUAUAUAACAACCGUCGCGCAAUUAUUUUUUUCUAAAUUCCCUAAUUAUGUAGUUUAUGAUUGAAAAUAAAUUGGAUUUGACAAAAAUAGUUCCGUUUUGUGUUUCCGAGUUUAAUAAAAUGAGUCAUUGUACGCAAGGGAGUCUAAUUCUACAAGCGAAAAUACAAAAGUAAACAAAUUUCUCAAACAGAGUUGAUAGAUAUUGUAUGAAAAUGGCUAAACUACGAAUAGAAAAAUGGAAGGAAGAAGCGCCGGCAAAUUGCUACGCGUGUUGUACAGCUGCGCUUAAGGAAGAAAACGAAACGUCAGAACUAUUCGGAAGGUCGUGGCGAGGAAGGUUGUCACCAUUGUUCUGGCGAGUGCCAAUAUUUGUGUGGUCGGUGUUCAUCAUUUCCUGGUCGACGGCGUACUUCUGGGGACCUCGAGAAAUGUUCCUGCUGUACAUGACUCACUGGGGCCUAAUUCUGAUUUUCCUCGAGUCACUUUUCGGCAUCAUAGUAACUGUAAAGAAACAUCGUGGCAGUUUACCUGAUGACAAAGUGCUGCCUUGGUACGUCAGAACCUACUGGGUACUGUACAAUAUCACGGUGCCCAUCGCUUUCCUCGUCACGCUCUUCUACUGGGCUGUCUUGAGAGCUCCGGGCAAGAAAAUCAACUACGCACCAAAUCCGAUAUUGGAUAUAAUGCUUCACGGAGUAAACUCGGGGCUGAUGUUCGUUGAGCUGGUGCUGUCUGCACAUCCGAGCCGCCUUCUCCACGUCAUGCAGCCGCUGUACUUCUCGCUGGCAUACCUCCUCUUUACCGUUGCCUACUACAUUUCUGGAGGACUAGACCCAUGGGGCAAUGCAUUUAUUUACCCGGUCAUCAACUGGGCGAAGCCAAUACAGACCCUCGUCGUGGUGACCCUGACUGCGCUGUUCCUGGCCUUAAUGCAUAUUCUUACGGUGGGCAUCGCCACAGCCCGCGACUUCAUCGUCAGAAAAUGCCUAAUGGACAGGAGUGGAGAGUACAAUGAUGCUUUCGAAGCUUAAACAUGCUAUUUUAUUAAUAUUAGUGAUGGUUAUUCUAGAUACGAUCAGAAUGGCCCAGUACAACGAAAUGCUACUUAAACGUACUUAAUUUUCGGGAUAGAUAUGGAUGCAACGAAUACGAAUAUCAGAAAUCAGAACUACGAUGAAACUUUGAUGGGUUCAUUGAUCGUGGGAAAUGUACCUACCUAACGAGCUUUAGGAUGUUAUUCCGAAACUAGUCAACCUUCCUGAUAAUAAUGUUUUGGCAAAAGAAAUCUAGCUUUUUGACAUAAUAAAUAAGACAAUAUAAACUCGCAAGUGCCAAUAUAUAGCGGUUCAACCUGGUUCGAGGUGGUGCUAUUCCCCACUAAUUGUGAUAAACAAACAAAUCUUCCAAAACAUCCCAGUCGCACCAGUCAGUACUGACUAUACAGUAUUAUAAUAUUUUUAAAUUAAUCGAAUUAAUUAAUUUGCCAAACAGAAUCGAUUGUUGUUGUUAACGCCUGAUCAUAAGAACUACCUAUAUCAAGAAGCAAAACCAAAACUUACCACGUACUAAUAAUACCUACUAUGAAUGCUGUUUUUAAAAACAUGUCCUUAUUAUGUAAAAUGUAGAAAUAGAAUUAUUAUGAAAUGGUGACCGACACGUAAUCGGCAAUGAACUUUAUCGGAUAAUGCAAACAAACAAGGUGUAGGUAUAGUACGCGACAGGUCGAGAUGGCAAUCAGGAUGGGGACGCCCCGCCUCAUACCUCGAUUGCCAUCUCAAUCUGUCACGUAAUUACUAAGUGGGUAGAGUGUUUGAUUUGUUAUAAUCGAACACGCCAUUUACCUAGUUUGAAAGUUUGCUUAAGGCCCAAUUUCACCAAGCAUUUAACCCCCGUUUAGUUAAACAUUACCUAAUGACCUCUUUUUGACUGAUGACAUACGCGAUUUUCAAAAAGCACAAUAUAACGAAUGUUUAACUAAACCAUGCUUAAUUGCUUGGUAAUUAGGCAUACGGCCUAACUGGUAAAAUUAGACAUUAUCAAUAAAUGGACUUAUAAAAGUACUGUGAUCCUAGUGUAGAUUUUUAAUUAUUGUAAUGUGUGUAAGGAUUAUUUUUAAGAUAACUAACUGCUUUCUUUAAAAAAUUGAGUAGGUAUGGAUAUCUGGUUAAUUUGUAUCGAAACUUCAAAGAUUUGUAUUUAAAAUGGUAUGUAAUAUUAUCUAGUUCAAUUUAAUUUUUUGGUAUAUCAGAUAAAAGAAACCAUCUGUAUACGUAAGUAUAUUCUUAAAAUUUUCAUUUGAGCUGUCCUUAACAAUUUAAGUUUAGGCUUGCCAUUUAAGGUACUAGACCUUAAUAAUAUCGCGGACUCUUAUUUAUUAACCAAGUGAUACAAUAUACUUUCGUAAGGUAAAUUAAGUAAAUUUUGUAUUGUGAUAAAAAAUCGUACAGAUAUUGAUAUGAGUAUAUUAAACGAUUCUUUGAGAUGGUAAACAGUAA